AUUGAUCAUACUUUCAUCACAUUUCUCCUACCCCUAUACCCCACUUUCUUUCAAACAGACUUCAUCAAAAUGGCCGAAGAGGAACAUCAUGAGACGUUCGAGGCCACCGGGGCCGGGGCUUCUGAGACUUUCCCCAUGCAAUGUUCGGCUCUCAGGAAGAACGGUCACGUAGUCAUCAAGGGUCGUCCUUGCAAAAUUGUUGACAUGUCGACCUCCAAGACCGGAAAGCACGGUCAUGCCAAAGUCCAUCUUGUGGCCAUUGAUAUCUUCACUGGUAAAAAGCUUGAAGAUAUUUCGCCGUCUACCCACAACAUGGACGUACCUCACGUCAGGAGGGUUGAAUAUCAGUUGCUUGACAUCCAGGAUGGAUUCCUCAACUUGUUGGACAGUGACGGUAACCCGAAGGAUGACGUGAAGCUACCAGACACGGAAAUUGGUGUCCAGCUUAAAGCCGCCUUUGAUGAGGGUAAGGAUCUUAUGGUGACCAUUGUUUCAGCUAUGAAGGAGGAACAGGCUAUUUCUUUCAAGGAAGCCCCUCAGGGAGCUUAGACGAGUCAUUUCCCACGCUGCAUCCCGUCAUAUACAAACGCAUACGAGCCAACAGACGACGCAUGACCUUUUGACUUGUCCCGUGUUCCCGUGCUUUUGGUCGUGAUUAGCUAGCUAUUCAUGUGCAUUGCGUGACGACUAGUG